AUGUCAAAAAUUUUAUUUACUUUUAUGCAUUUUCACCACAUUUUUUACAAAUUACAGCAUUUUGAGUUGCACAUUUUACACAUACGUGUUUUUUACAUUUUAUACAAAUUUUGUUUGUUUUAUUGA